GUCCUUAGAUUGAGUCAGUAGGUUUGUCAGUCAGGGGGUAGAGUUUAAGUGGUGAGGAGUGGAACCGUUGUCCGGUUGUGCACCCGACACCAUGGUUGAGACACGUUCUGGUAAGAGCACUGCCCCACAGUCCGAGGCCGAACAGGCCCGGAUCGUCGCCAUCCUGAGAGAGAGAAAAGAGAAGAAAGAGCUCCUCAAGCAGGCGAAGUUGAAGGCGAUAGCGGAGGAGCAGGUGGCGAAGAAGAAGAAGUUAGAAGAGGAGAUGAUGAGGUUACAGAAGGAGAAGAUGUUGAAGUUACAGCAGGAGGAGAAAGAGAAGAGGAAGGCUGCCAAAGAAGAAGCAGCAGCAGAGGAGGAGGAGGUAGAAGAAGAAGAAGAACCCCUUGAAAGGAGGUGUGGGGGAGAUAGAGGAGAGACAAGUGGCACGAAGGGGGAGGACACAUGGAUGGAGAAGAAAAUUAGCGAGUGGGUAGCUAACUUAUCGUUGGGCGAAGACGAAGACGCACUGCUCUACGUGCCGCAGGAGGAAAGAUAAAUGGAGAAGAAAAUUAGCGAGUGGGUAACUAACUUAUCGU